AUGACCGAACGGUUGGGAGGACCAAUACUUGGUACUCGUGACGCAACGCCAUUGAAUUCGCAUUCUGCGGGCCGCCGCACAUCGACGCCCAGCGCAGCAACCGACAAUCUUAGACCUCGUCGCCCUCUGGGGCCGCGUCGCGCCUCCUCACCAGGCAGGGGCCAGCCCACGCCGCCGCCGCCGUCGCCGCCGCUGUCUCGCCCACCGGCAUCUUCAUCGUUCUAUAUCUCGGACCCCAUCUCCCCUCGUGCAGCCAACACUGGUCGUCGUUGUCCGUCCGCUGCCGCUGCCGCCAAAAGUACCACGCCCACUUUGCCAUCAGCAGCAGCCUCAUCUGCCACAAAUACUACCUCGAGCGCCGCCGCCGCCGCCGCGCCCCCCGUGUCGGCCCCCCCCUCCAGCACGCUUACGACUGCCUAUCCCGCGACCGAUAAUCCUGGCCCCGACAGGGUCAAUCGCGAAUCUGUUAUAUCCAUCCUCGACGACCCCUUCUUCCUGCGCUACGACUACGACCCUUCCUCGGACGCCGAGUCGCCCUUCUCGCACCUGCCAUCUCCGCCGCGUGCGGCUGCCGACCACCAGCCCGGUGGCGAUGAGAACGGCGCCAGCCCGCGUUGGCCUCCCCCUCGUCGAGAAUCGCUCACAAUAAGCCCCUCGCCAUUCCUUGCGCACACCGUGGCCUCCAUGGAGAGCUACACAAUUGCCGUCAUUGGCUCUGCCGGUGCCGGCAAGUCUACCUUUAUCCAAAAGGUCCUUGGCCUCAGCCGGCCGCCUAUCGGCAGCUCCGCAAGCGUGCGUCUUGUUGUCGACAAUAUCACACAAGGCGUGAGUCUUUUUGAGCUCGACCUCGAGAAUUUCGACCAGACUGCCUCAUCCCAGACGAUGCAAUGGCCCAAGCAAAUCAACGGCCACAUCGUACCCCGCCCCGACGCUGCUCUGCUGCUAUACGACGUCACCACCCCCGAAUCUGUUCGCCCGCUUCCGCAAGCAAUGACUGCCAUUACAAACGCAGGCUUGCCUUCAAUCUUGGUUGCCUGCAAAUGCGAAAUCGACGAAGACGACUGGGAGGUAGAUGCGGACGGUAUUGCUGGCCAUAAAGUGUUCAAGUCCUGCAUCGGUGCAUACAAAGUUUCUUCCGACAAGCCAGACAUAUCUAGAGGAUGUCUGCAAGCUAUCCUGAAGGCUGCCAUUGCGCACAGAAGAGAGCAAAGCGAAACCGUUCCUCGCCGACGUGCGCAAUCAGCUGUCAAUCUCGAAGCUCCGGAAAACCCUGCCGCGCGUCCCCUCAGCCAACAAAGCAAGCACAGCCGCGCCAGCUCCGAACUUUCCGCUCUCAAAGGCUUUGGCAUGCAGCCCAGCGAAAGCUACCGAGCCCGCGCCUCAAAGAACUCUGGCCAGGUCUACCGAACCGAUAAGCCCGGCACAGACUACUAUUUGGAUGUGGAAGAAUCUGAUAGCGAAGGGCAAACAUACUCGGACGAUAUCCCAAUUCUCCAACGGAGCGAAGAGAACUUUGUCGAGAGGCCGCCUAAAAUUACCGGAGUCCCCUUGGCUGAGCUUGUUGACCGCCUGCUUGCGGUGAAGCUGUCGCGUGCCGACAUCAACUUUUUGGAUAUUUUCCUGUGUCUAUAUCGCAAGUUCACCACACCAACCGAACUUUUCUCUGCGAUUUUGGCGCGGCUUGAUCGCGUACGCGACGACAAGACAGCACACUACCUCUCCAAAACCGGUACUCAACUGCGAAUUAUCGAAGUAAUCGCCAAGUGGGUUUCGCUGUACCCGGGUGAUUUUGCCAAGAUUUCUACUCGAAGGAGCUUGUUCGAAUUCAUCCAACAUCUCUCGACAGAGCCUGUUUUUUCCGUUGCUUCCCAGCAGAUGAGAAGAAGCUUGCGGAGAAGCACUCUUGAAGAUGAUGACACUGGCUGGGCCACUUCCGACAACAGCAGCACAGAAGCCGACGACCAGCGGCUAUCGAAGGAGAUGGGUGAGUUGUCAGCUAGCAUCGGUAUGGUUCAAGUCGAUGAAGACGGUGAUGGUGGUCCAGAGCCCUCUGCGCCACUUGAUUUUGCCGGCCAGCCUGGCGGCCAGGUGCAAUUCCAUUCGUACGACGAGUAUGAGCGAGAAGCAGCAUCGCUUGAACCAGCAGACUUGCAUCCCAUGAACAAGACUCGAUAUCACAUUUUCAUGGAUCUAUCCGAUGACGACAUCGCGGAUGAACUGACAAGAAUCGACUGGAUUCUGUUUUCGUCUAUUAGAAUCCGAGACCUUGUUCGUUAUGUCAGUCUGUCAACGACGCAAAAGGAGAAGGCUACCAGCUUGAAGAACGUGAACCGCAUGAUCAACCACUUCAACCAUAUUGCGAAAUGGGUAGCUAAUCUGAUAUUGCUUCGCGACAAGGCCAAGCACAGAGCGCAAAUGCUGGAAAAAUUUAUGAACAUUGCCCUGAAGCUACGCUUGCUGAACAAUUAUAACGGUCUCGCUGCUAUACUUGCGGGAAUCAACGGCACCGCGAUUCAUCGCCUGGCACAGACCAGGCAGCUCGUGUCUCCAGAAGUGCAGAAGAGAUUCGCCCGGGCCGUGGUUCUCAUGGGCACGCAAAAGAGCCACUCAGCGUACCGCCUAGCCUGGGAGAACUCGCCUCCACCGCGCAUUCCCUUUGUGCCUCUGCAUCUACGUGAUUUGGUCAACGCGGAGGAAGGCAGCAAAACGUUUGUUGGGCCGAACGGCGAGCGUGUUAACUGGAGGAAGUUUGAGGUUCUCGGGGAUGUCCUGCUGCCACUGAUGAAGAGCCAGGGCACAGCGUACCCGAACCUUGUCAAGAACAUGCUUAGCCGGGAGUUGAUUCUGGGUUGUCGAAUGCCCACUGAUGAUGAGGAAAUAUAUCAAAGGAGCAUCGAACUAGAGAGCAGCAACUCUACCGGCGUCUUUGACCCAGCCAAGAAGAAGUUUCCGUGGUUUGCCAAAUAG